AUGUCUGCUUGGGGCUUCUGUGCAACCACCUGCACGCAGUCCACCAUCAUCUUCUCGGUAAAUUCAACUGCCGCAAGAGCAUAUGGUGUAUUUGAAGCCUUUUUGAUGGCCUUCUCCUGGACCUUGAACUUUGGAUAUAGUGAGCACGGGCCCGAAUAUCUCCUCGCAGACGAUGCGUAA